AUGGCAGAGGACAAGUCCAAUGACUGCGAGGUCGUCCCUACAAGGGAGACUGGCCAAUUCCAUUUCCGGGUAUGCUUCUCGCCGAUCGAGGCUCCCCUCAGCGUUAGGACAGUCGCUAGCAGCAUCGUCGCCGGAUGCGAGUGCCAAGCAAAUUUUUUGCGCUACCACAACGACGCUGUGCUCAAGCUUAUUCUUAUAGUCCGACAUGGAUCAAACCCCACGAUGGACGGCAUCAAGGUCAUACCCAACAUGGUUCUCCUCGACAAGACCGGGUCACCCGCGUCGAUGGGGACAGCGACAACCACCCGCUCCCCGGAGGAUAAAAUAGCAUACAACUUGAACCUAAGCUCGCUGUCCGAGGAUGUCAGGGCGAACUGUGUCCUGGACGACCACUUCCAAGUCAUGUGCUCGGUGGAGGUCGUCAGGGACGGGGUACCGGCGACGGCUCCAUCAACAUCGGAGGAGGAGUUCCCUGGUUUGGGCCAUGAUCUUGCCAUGAUGUCAGACAAGCAACAGCUCACCGACGUCUCCUUCGAUGUUGACGGCGAGAGCUUCAGCGCACACCGCCUCGUGCUCGCGGCACGGUCGGCGGUGUUCCGAGCAGAGCUCUAUGACCCCAUGGCGGAAAGCAGGAUGGCGUCCAUCACCAUCCAAGAAAUGGGGGCCUCCACCUUCAGAUCUAUGCUCCAUUACAUGUACCACGGUUCAUUGCCCGAUGCUGGCAGGACGGAUGUUUCCUCCACCAUGGCAGAAUACCAGAGUUUGCUUGCAGCGGCGGAUAGGUACGGGGUAGAGCGGCUGAAGAAGAUAUGUGAGGACAAGCUAUGUGGCAACGGUAUAACGGUAGACAAUGUCGUCUCAACGUUGGAGCUGGCAGAGCGCCAUGUCUGCCCUAAACUCAAAGCUAGCUGCCUUGAUUUCCUAUCGGAUGGUGAAAAUUUCAAGAUGGUUGCGACCACCGAUGAGUACUUCCAUUUGAUGCAGACUGCUCCUUCUGUCUUGGUUGAAGUGAGGAAUCGGUUCAAGAUGGCACAUGAAAAGCCGACUGUCAAUGAAUCUGGUGCUCACAAGAAAAGCCGAAUGACGAAUGUGUUAGGGAUCUCAACGGAUUACUAA